GCAAUCCAGUGAUCUUCCAACGCCUUUCCUUCAGGAAACCCCUUUCCACAUUCACUCAUCCACCAAGGGACCACACAGAGCUGCAAUGGAACGAACCACAGGGCAGUGCAGAACAUUCCUGGGGCAUGUUCUCAGGAAAAUGGCUCAGUGGCUUGAAUGAAACAGCCUCUCUGUUGUAGCCAGCAGGAUGGGAGAGUGGCAAAGGAUUUUCUUACAGAAUCUGGCCGUCCCUCCACACAACCAAAGGAGACGGCACCCACUGUCCCGGGAAUCAACAGCAUUUCAGUGCGUCCUGAAAUGUGUGGAGGGGAACCUGUUGAAGCAGAGGGCCUUGGAAGAUCUGCCAAAGGUUGAAUUCCAGCUGUGUCUUUCCCUCUUCGAUGUUGCCUACCACCAUUUCUUUGGGAAGACCUGGAGGAGCGCUGCAAGGCCCCUGAAAGCUGGACCGGGACAGCCUCCUUCGGUGGUCUUCAACGAGACCGUUUACUUUCACACAACAUUGGACCAUCCCAGCAUCGUCAUGGUCGUGGAGGUGGCGGCAACAGCCAGGAGACAGGAUGGGACCCAACUGGCUCAGUCGUGUGGCUUCAGCAUCCUGCGGUUAUUCAGCAGCAGAUCGGAGCCGGCAGACCUGGGCUUGAAGGACAAAAGGCUCAGUCUGUAUUACGGGACUCCACGGGCCCUCUUGCAUCCCCUCUUCCAGGAGCCGAUGGAGAAGAACAAGCAUCUGACCACGAUGGAGGGCAGUCACCUUCUCUGCACUUUGCAUCCCCAUCCGCCCCUGGAAGCCAUCUACCACCUCCUCCCGGAGAACACCCUGGUCUCCAGCCUCCAGAGAAUCCCCGGUGUCUUAGCCACCCAUGAAGGUGACUUCUUCCAGAAACCGCGGCUCAUGAAGACAGCCACAUGGUACCUGGAGAAGCUCUCCAUCCAUUUAUACCCUUCCUUGGAGAAGUUUGAGGAGGAGCUCUUGGACUUGCUUGUGAAUGAUCAGGGCAACUCGGCACUGGAUGGGAACUCGUCGCUCGCGGUGCAGGAGCGGCGGCUGCACAUCGGCGUGCACAACGGCUUGUGCUUCGUGCAGCCUCCGCAGGUGGUGGUUCUGGUGCCGCAGGCCGAGGUGACUCGGGGACGUCCCGGAAGCUUGCCCAGGAAGCCGGGAUCCAGCAGCAAAUCCAGCUCCGAGGGGCAAGCGCUCGUCCUGAGAAGCCGCAUCCAUUUGACGGAGAUGGUCCCUCACCUGGCCUUUGGCGUGGUCUUCCGGCUGGAGUACGUCUUCUCGGUGGGGAGCGGAGCGGAGCGGAAGACGUCCUCUGUAACCUCGCUGACAACCCCGGCUUACAUGCAUUCGAUCCGCUGGGCCAUUUGGAACCCUUUGCUGGAUGGAAGUUGCUCACACGUGAUCCUCCCGCUGAACGGAGGCGCUCAGCACAAUCCCAGUCAAGUUUUGGUCUACAAGACGCCACCCGCCACCAUGAGCUCGGAAGAGGUGAAGCAGGUGGAGUCGGGGACCAUCGAGUUCCACUUCUCCACUGGCUCCGACGGACAGCUCUGGCCUGCCGCGAAACCUCCGAGCAACAUCGUGGAAGAGGCGCCGCUCACAAAGAAGCCUCCCACGUCGCCAGCCCUCAGCUCUCCAGCUUCCCCUUCAAUGCUAGUUUCCACGCAGGAUUAUUCCCAAGGUCCCGGGCUGUCCAUCUCCCAGCUGUCGGCCUCGCCAGCGAGCUGCUCCUUCAAGCCCCCACUGCCGCCGGCCAGCGGUGCCACGCUCUCGCACUCCUCGGAGGCUCUGAUGCAGAUAUAUGAGCAGAACCCACGUGGAGGCAUCGCCCACUUGGAGGCUGACCUCAGCCACCACUCCCUGCUCCAGGAAUCCUCGACCGAUGACCAACUCCAGGAGCUGCCGUUCACCCCUGUGCAAGUGCCCAUCAUCGCCCUGGGAGCACCCUCGGGAAGCCCCAGCACCAUCCUGACACGGGCCUCGCUGGCCCGCCUGCAGGCAUCGGGAUUUCCCGAGAUCCUGGACUGCAACAAGAAGCCAGCUCCAAUUGUGGAUCCCACAGACCCUGUGAACAUCAACCCGCAGUGGGAGGAAGCCGAUCUCUUGCAGAGCAACGAAAUCAUCUUGCAGUUCCUUGCAUUCACCAGGACCACCCAGGACAGCACCAGCCCAGAGACAUGGCCCCGGACCGUCUAUUUCACCUUCCAGUUCUACCGCUUCCCUCCGGUCACGACGCCGCGCCUGCAGCUGGUCCGGGCGGAGGCCUCCAGGGCGACCUCGGCCGUCACCUCUUCCCACACCUUGGUGCAGAUUAACCACGAUGGAAGCCUGAAUGACGCCUCCCCGGGCUUCCAGCUGAAAUACAUGGUGGACCCCGGAUUCCUCAAGCCAGGCGAGAAGAGGUGGUUCAUCCGUUACCUCGCUGAGCAUUCCCUGCAGAUUGACGCCUGGGACGGAGAUUCCUUGCUCCUUGUUGGAUCGGCUGCUGUGAAGCUGAAGCACUUACUGCGCCAGGGCCGGACGGCGGUCCAGAUCCACCACGAGCUGGAGGUCAUCACCCUGGAAUACAAGCAGGACGCUGCCAUGACGAGCGGGGAGGCUUUCAGGCACGGGGCCGUGAAACCCAUUGGGGUCCACGCCGUGGUGAGAGGCCGGCUUCACCUCAACCUGGCCAACGUUGGCCACCUGUGCGAGCAGAGGCUGAGGAAGUCCGACUCCUUGCCUCCCUCCCGAUCUCGGGUCAUCUCCUCGCACGAUGGAUCCAGCGGUUUCUGUGGGGGGAGCCUCUUCUCUGCCAGUGCUCCCAGCGGCGGCAACGUGUGCCAGGCGCAAAAGCUGGCCGACGUGGACAGCGAGCUGGCGGCCAUGCUCUUCUCCCGCUUGCGCGAGGCCAGCGCAGCUUUCCAGCACACCGCCCGGGAGGCCAGCGUCACCCGGAGGCGGAAGCUGGAGAGGAUGUUGUCCGUGCGGAGGCGGGAGUCCCAAGAGGGUGACUGCGGGAAGAAAGCCAGCCUCAUCAUGGGGCGGCACGAGGACAGCGUGCAGCAUUCCCGAGACCUCCAGCUCAUCGAGGCCUACCGGGAGCGCAUCAAAGCCGAGAGCAUCGCCGGCAUGCUGUGCAGGGCCAUCACCACCCGCCACACCCUCUACGCCUCCUUCGGCACCACCGAGUUCUUUGAGUUUGCCCUGAAGAACCCGUACAGCGUCCAGCACACCGUCAGCAUUGAGGUGGACAGUCCAGAGCUCAGUGUCAUUCUGGAUGCCCGAGAAUGGAAGCAUUUCAAGGAACUGACCCAGACAGUCACCCCCUUGGAGGAGGACAUGUUCCACCUGAAGGCCGACCUCACACCUCAGGUCUACCUGCGUCCCAAGGAAACCGUCCACAUCCCCUUCAAGUACCAGGCCUCCUGCGUGGAGCAGACUGCUGUGGUGCAGCAGGGCCCCACUGAGCUGACCUUCAGCGCAGGCAAGAAGGACGUGGCGGCAUCCCCUUGGACGUCUGGCGGCCCACAGACAAAACACAUCAAGGUCUCCUUUGCAGCAAGUGGGGGCAAGCCCAUCGCCCUGCUGAGCGUGCACGUGGAAUCCCAGCCCCACGUGGUGGACCAGACGUUCCGCUUCUAUCACCCGGAGCUCACCUUCCUGAAGAAGUCCAUCCGCCUGCCCGCCUGGCACACGCUUCCAGGUGCCCCCGCGGGUGUGCCCGGCGGAGAACCGGAGGUCUUUGUGCGCUGCAGCGACCCCAACGUCAUCUGUGAGACCAAGAAAAUGGGCCCAGGUGAGCCACAAGACGUCUUCCUAAAAGUUGCCGGAGGGCCGAGUCCACAGAUCAAGAGAUUCUUCACGGCAAUUUACACGGAUCCCUGGCUGGCCAUGCCGACGCAAAUCUGGCAGUUCUACCUCCACUCUCUGCAGCGCGUUGAUGUGAGCUGUGUCACCGGGCAGCUGACCCACCUCUCCCUGGUGCUCCGGGGGACUCAAGCCAUCAGGAAGGUGGAAGCGUAUACCUCCCACCCGCAGGAGCUGAAGGUGGACCCAGAAGGUACCUUCAUCCUCCCGGCCAACGGAGUCCAGGACCUACACCUCGGCGUGAGGCCCCAGAGGGCCGGCAAGUGGUUUAUCUACCUCAACCUGGUGGACGUCGAGUCCCACCAGCUGGUCUCCUCCUGGCUGCUCUGCACGUCCUGUCGGCAGCCUCUGGUCUCCAAGGCUUUUGAAAUUGUGCUUCCCCCUGGCGGAGGGAAAGGCUCCAACAAGAGGAUCACGUAUGCCAACCCUUACCCGUCCCGGAGGAGGUAUUUCCUGCACACCAAUCGGCCCGACCUGCUACAGUUCAAGGAGGAUUCCUUCGAGAUCGGCGGAGGGGAGACGUACACCAUCGGCUUACGGUUUGCCCCCAGCCAGAGCGCCGGCGAAGAGGAGAUUCUGAUUUAUAUCAACGACCGCGAAGACAAGAACGAGGAGACCUUCUGUGUGAAGGUCACCUACCAGUAAUGGGCACGUGUGCAGCCUUGGGCGAGUUGUUUUCUGCUCUCCAGCCAUCCAUCAAGGCUCCCUCGAGGCCUAGCCUCGUUCCCUUCAUUAUCCCCGGCUGCCAACGGCCCUGAAUUGUCCCCUGAUCACACAUCUGCAGAGAGGCCUCCUCCUCCUCCUGCUGUUGCUCCAGGGUGGUGGGACAAGACGCCCCCUCUCCCCCUCCCUGCAUCCAAUCAAACCCCUGCCAAGCCCCGGGUGAUUGAUUGCCGGAGCGGAUUCCUCAGAACGUCAGCACGACCUCCAGCGGGCCCCACUCCUGUCCUCUGCGUUCUCCCCACUUAGCUCUGGAUCGAAAAUUCAUUUCUCUCCCCGUGGAAUGUCACUCGUCCGGGGGAAGGCGGCCCAGGCCUUCGGACCUUUAACAGGGCGAUUGGAGCCGGUUUGUAACUUGGAUGGGUUUUGUAACACAGUUUUUCCACAAAAAGUGUGUUGGCAUUUCGUUUCGUUGCUGAACAAAAGGUGAUGUCCGGACCCUGGCAAGUGCCAGUUUCUGGCUGCUGAAACUUGGUUCCAAGUAGAGCACACA